ACACUUAAACGGACUCCGUGGUCAGAGGCUGGGCAUAGCAAGACAAUCUCUUUUGUAACUGGUUGGAAACGUCUUUAAUACAUCUGUUUCCUGAUUGGUCGCAGGCAUUAGACCCAACUUUUUUAUAGGCGGCAAACGUAAAGAAAAGCCAAGCUAUGCCGCUAGGCUAAUUCUAAACAAAUCCGGACAGUAGGCAUAUUCUUAAGGUGUAGUACAGACAUUAUGGCACCUAAUCGAGACUUUUUGAGAAGAAGAAAGACAGAUUUUAUAAGUAUUCUGUCAAGUGACCCUUUCAUCUUCGACAUGGUGGAUGAAAGAAAUAUUUUGACUGAUCGAGAAUGCAAAACCUUACUACACACGUUUCAUUACGACAAGGAGGGAGCAGCAAGAACACUAAUUGAUAAGGUUAGAGAUAAAGGCGAACCGACGAGCACAACAUUUGUGAACUUACUUGAAGAGGAGUUGAUUUUGGACACCUACCCCAGGUUGAAAGAGAUCUUCAACUUGAAUGCCAAUCUCAGCAAAAAUCUUACACAAGAAGUUGGAAUGAUCGAGCGAGGAAACAACCCUCAGACACCAGUGAGACCGUCUGUGACUGUGACACAGCCCAGCUAUGUCACACAAGAAGUUGGAAUGAACGAGGACAUUUCCUAUAUGAUGACCAGUGAUCCACGAGGAAUCUGUGUGAUCAUCAACAACGAGAACUUCAACGAGAACCCAAAUCAAAAACGAAAUGGAACACAGAAAGAUGUUGAUGCUCUGGUGAAGGUGUUCAGCAGGCUGAGAUUCAGAGUUGUGUUGUGCCAGGACCAGACCAAGACACAGAUGGCUGAUGUGUUGCGUCAUUUUGCGUCAUUGAAUUUAGCUGAGCUUCAGAAAUGCAAAGUUAAGGAGUGGUCUGGCAGUCAGUUUACUGAGAUUAAGAAUCCUAUCAUGCACGGAGAUGCCCUUGUCUGCUGUGCCCUGAGCCAUGGUGAAAGAGGAGGUAUCUAUGGAAUUGACGGCACAGUCCUCUCCAUUUGUGAAAUGAUCUCCACUUUCAUUGGGAGUGAAUGCCCUGCCCUUAAUGGCAAACCCAAGGUGUUCAUCAUUCAGGCAUGUCAGGGAAAGAAAAUACAGUCCGGAGUGUAUGUGGACUCACCAGAGAAAGAGGAGGAGAUGGAAACCGAUCCCGGACCAGGUUCCACUUCACAACAAUCAAACUACAUUCCUGAAGAGGCAGAUUUCCUAAUGGCUAUUUCCACUGUAGAACAUUUUAAGUCUUUCAGAGAUAGUGUUCAAGGUUCCUGGUUCAUCCAGUCUCUCUGUAAAGAACUGGAAAUAGGUUGUCUAAGGGGGGAUGACAUCCUGACCAUCUUCACACGGGUCAAUAACAAUGUCAGCAUGAAGGAGGCUGGAAUUCUACCGGGGAAAGCAAAACAGAUGUCAGAGCAAAGGUCAACUCUAAGGAAAACACUUGUCUUUCACUGUAAAAAGUAAAUUCCUCACCCUGAUAUGUCUCACACUGAUUGAGGCUGAUGUAAGGGCACUGAUUUACCCUUUUUUUUUCAUAAUUGUAAUAUAAACUUUAUUGAAAUCUUAGCCUAUUUUACAUUUUUACUUUUCUUAGAGACAUAUGCCUAUGCAGUAAUAUGAAAACUACCUGAAUAAUAGGCUACAUAAUAAUGUAAUAACAAAAAGGAAGAACUUAUACUUUCUUCUGCCAGAGCAUUACAUUUUGGUUGACAAUAAACCUAAUUUGUGAACCUGA